GUUCACUCCCUCUGAAAAUCGGAAGGUCAUGGUCUUUGAUCAGCUGUUUGUGGCUUAGUUCAUCUUAGAAAAUGGUUGCCAGUUAGAAAGAAGGAAAGUGCAUUAUAAAUGUGUUAGACUUGCUCGGAAGGAUUUGGAGAAAAGGAUUAUGAAAUAAUCAGGUGAAGCAUCCAAACAGAGACAUGACGAACAACAACUUCUUUGCCUUCGAUAAAGAGGAAUGUUGUGAGGAUGAGCAGGAAGAGGUGAAGCCGACCCGGAAACCGGGCGAGGCACCGGAUGGGGGAUGGGGCUGGGUGAUUGUGUGCGGGGCCUUUGUUGUCACACUGUUUAUGGCAGGUCUGCCUGCAUGCUUCAUAGGACUGCUAGAAGAGAUGCAGGAGGAUUUUAAUGUGCCAUAUCUGUUGUAUGCGCCACUUGUGAUGGACGCUUUCAUUUUUUUGUCAGGGCCCCUUGCCAGCUGCCUGAUACACAAGUUUGGGGAUAAAAUUACAACGUUUGUGGGAGGUCUCCUCGUCUUCCUGGGAACGCUAGUCAGCUCGCAGGUGCCCCACCCUGCGCUCAUUGUGGUCUUCUUUGGUGCAAUAGGAGGGACUGGGCUUGGCAUAGCCUAUCUUCCAUCGAAGGUUAUCAUCGCCCAGUGGUUCCAACAUAAGCGAGCCUUGGCCACAGGCUUUGCAGUCAUGGGCGUUGGUGUCGGAUACCUUGUGUUCAACUCAAUAGUGAAACAACUUCUAAUGUCGUGGAACUGGAAAAACAUUGUAGCCAUCAUGGCCGCAGUAUCCUUGCACAUUUGUGCGUCCGCACUGCUGUAUAGACCGUUAACGAAAUUGAAAAGAAAGGGGAUGAAACGUGGUGUGAUUCAACAUGGUGCCAUAAUGAAAGCCUUAAUUGCAGAGAAAGAGAGACAGAGAACGAUAUCAAAUGGAUCUCUCGAUAACUGUAUUAUAACAAAAGACAAUCGUCUCAUAAAAAUCGAUGUUAUCGACCUAAGAAAUAAGAGUAACUCAACGAUCAAUAGGAUAAAAGAAGCGUUUGGCUUCAGUUCAAGGAGCCUGAACAAAUCCAAGAACUCUUUGAUUGUCCCUCGAGGGCCACAGCGACAACUAUCGCAACUGUCGCGAUCUUCAGUGCGGUCGGUGCUCAUGCCUAAACCAGCCUCACCUGAACCCCCUCGGCCCUUGCAGCUGCAACAACAACAGCAAGAGCAACAUCCUGAUACUGACAGUGGGUGCGGAAGUCUGGAGAAUUCCCCGAAACUUCCGAAUCUCACCGAGCAUGCGGAAAAUGUGCCCAGCGAAGAUCCCAAUGAUCCAUGGGACAAGACUUCGCCACUCGUUGUUAAACUUCCCCCUCAGCAGAACUGCGGGGCGUGUAAUGUUCCCGCUGCUGAACAUAAUGUGCAUGCUUUGGACAUAGCUAGUAAUUCGCCUCGAUUGAAUGGGAGUAUGCGAAACAGUGUUGUUUCUCCUGGGAGUAGCAUGAGAAGCGUGAACACACGAGUGCGGACUAUCUCGAACUCGAGCUCUGGGAAGAACAGCGUGAUGGUGCCAAUAAGUCUGUUAUCCAGUGCCACAGGCGAACAGUUUCUGGACAUUGUGGAGGUGGAGGAGGUAUCCAAAUACAAAUUGGUGCGAAUAUUGUGCAAGACAUUUGAAUUUAAGAUGCUCACAAAUGUGUCCUUCUGUUUGCUGAUUGUUUCCUGCGUAUUAACUAUCUUUGGCUAUGUCAUUCCGUUCUACCACCUACCCGAGCACGGCACCAGCCUUGGUCUCACAGAAGAGAAAUCCAAGUACCUGAUCACGAUAUUCUGGGUGACGAGCAUGAUUAGCCGGCCGGUGAUUGGCUUCAUAGCGGACCGGCCUGUUGUGAACCCUGUCUACUUCAACAGCUUCAUGGUGACCCUGGCUGGCGUCGUAUCGCUAUGCAGCUCCCUCUUCACAGAUUACAGUUCACUGAAGUUCUACGCAGUCCUCUUGGGGCUUUUCUCAGCGUCAUUCUUCACCCUGCAGUCUAUCAUUCUGAUGCAGCUGUAUGACAAAGACAAGCUGGUGUCCAGUCUCGGAUUACUCGAGUUCUUUCAAGGCAUUGCCGUCUGUGCCAGCCAUGUCAUCAGUCAUGUGCUGACCAGCCAAGUGGCUCUGAUGGCAAUGGGAGGAGUCAUGUUCGUGGGCGGCCUGGUUGGGUUCACCGUCCCUCGGGCGCGCGCCAUGGAGACGCGCCGGGAGUAUUCCCCGGAGAUGGACCGCCUGGAGGAUAUCCCCGAGGAGGAAGUGGUGCAUUGUGAGAGCUCCAUAUGACUAGAUGACUGGGAUGGUAUCGGGGAACAGGUUUAAGCUACUUGGUCAUUGGGGAAAGUGGAAAGAAAGCAGGAGUCAAGUUAUACGUGACGUUAUACAUGCUGACCACAUGUGAAAUACUUCAUGUUGUUUCCUAGAGAGCCAAAAUGUGUGAACUCUGACUUUAUUGUAUUAGUUUGGUUAAAAUUAGCAAUCAUUGACAGGCACAUGCACUGAAUAACUGCCAUGCAGUUGAACGUGGUGUAUUUGUGGAGGUCAAAGAUUACAAUGCUCUGAUCACAUUGAUUUGAUACUGGAAAGAGAAACCACACACAACACCACUGUGUUGACUUAUUACUAGAAUGACUUAGCUUGUUACUUGUGAACAGAAUGACUUAGCUGAUGCUGUAUAACCCAAUGAUGUGACUCCUAGAGAACCAGUAUUGAUCAAUAAGUCUUAUGUUUAGGGGCUUAGUGUAUUGAGGAAUAAUGAUAAGAGGUGUCCAAAUGAAUAAUGGAACAGAAAUCUAGGUUGAUGGAUCACCUCAUGAAGUAGAAUGUAAUGGCUGAGGACUAUUGGAUAUUGGCUAUUGUGUAUUAAUCGUGUACUUUGUUCAAAAACAGGCUCUAAGCUGCUAUGAAAGUGACUGUAAAGAUGUGUUAUAGAUUGAUUGAUUGUUAGCGAUAGAUAGUGCUUUUUUCUCAAAGUUAUUGAAAAUUGUUGAAUUGGUUGGUGUAUUUACGCAAAUAUUUUUGUAUUAUAUGACAGACAUAGGUUCAGUUGUAAGUUCAGAAUUUCGUCCAGGGAUUCCUGUCUGAUCAUGGUACAAAAUAAUAUAACUGUAUACUUUAAUCAGUUUAUUGUUUGAUCUACGGUUUCUAAUGCUUCGAACCAGAGAAUUCUAGGUGUGUGCCCUUGAAUGGUUAUUUAAUUAUGUAAUAUUCGUCUGUGAUAGCUGAUAACCAUUUUGUAAACAAACUCUAAGUGCUAAACAUUUUCCUUUCCGAUUGCGGAGAAUCUCAGAUAGUUUUUAUUGGAAAACGUGAUAUGUAUAAUUUCAGGGCUUUUUUUCCUUCUUAAGCAAGGGCCCUAUAAAGGCCCUUUUCCCGAAGAGAAAGGCCCCUUCCUCUAAGAGAAUUUCUUUUAAAUGAUGUAAAUUUCGCCAAAUUUCAAGUUUAGUUUGGGGAAAAUUUUCCCACUUUUUCCCCAAAAUGGACGCCAAGGCCCUUUCCCCCAAAUGAAGAAAAAGAGCCCUGCAUCGAUUGAUAUUCACACGGAAUAUGUUCUGCAAGUGAAGGUACAGGCACACAUCCUCCAAGUUUUUUGUCUGACCUACAUGUUUUAUGUACUGUAAGCAUGGACAAGAUUGGUUUCAGAUAUGUUGAUUUUUGUAAAAUAAGGAAACUAAGAAACAUUUUGGGUAUUUAAUGAUCUCAUAUUUUUUGUAAAUAAAUAGAUCGCGAUAUUAAUUUUAUAAAAUGCCUUUUGAUGUUUUAGUCAGGAGUUAUACUGUUUCUUACACUGGAAUGUUAUUGUUUUUCUACAGAGACAUGACUUUUUGUGUGAAAUAAAUGUGAAAGUAUUUUGUUACAUUCAAUUGAACAGUAAAAAGAUAAGUGUGUUGAAAUAGGGCAUGAUUUUUAAUCAAAUUGUCAUUUUUUGAUUACAGUUAUAUAUGUUUCUUGUUGUAUAUAAAUGUACAAAUGGAAAAAAUGUCUGAAUGUGUGACUGCCUAAAUAUAGUAUAUAUUUUUUUGACAUUAAAUGUCGCUGUAGCACUUGAUGCUGUGUUUGUUUACUGUACAAAACUAAAGUUGUGUGUCCUUUGGUACAUGAUUUUAAUGUUUGGCUUUGCAAUAAUAUAAUGAUGAAUGUACAAUGAUUUGGCUAAAAAGGACUGUAUAUGUUUGUUGUCCAAGCCUUUUGUUUUUGUUUUAUACAUUUAGAACUUACCUUAUAUUGAAUACAUGUGUAUAUUGAUUCUUCUGUGUCAUGUUAUUGGUUAGUAUUUAAUGUAAUUGACAAAUUUAUUAAGUCAUUCCUCAAAAGCCAAAAGCAUGUAUCUGCAUAUCUGCAAAAAGACUGAUAAUUCAUACUGGCUUUUAAGAGACAUUUGAUAGAAAAUGGUAUAGCAUCGUAAGAAAAUAUACAAUGUAUAUUUUAUAGGAUAGAUAAAAUAUUAAAAUUAGCAUAAUUUGGCCCUAAGUCUUGAUUUGUUUGUUUUUUUUGCAUUUCUUUUUUUAUGUUCUUGUUAUUUUAAAAUAUCCACAUGGUGUUUGACUGUGUGUGGUUAAGUGUCAGCUAGAUUUUAAAUGUUGCUAUAAAUGAGUAUUACUUUGUUAAAACCGGGCUUAAUGCUUGUGUAAAGUGUUGUUCCAGAUUAGCCUGUGCAGUUUGCAGUCUGAUCAGGGGCAACACUUUAAGCUUUUAUUACAUCAUUUCGUUUAAAGGAAGUCUCUUUUUAGAGCAAAAAUCCAGUCCAAGCGGUAAGUGUCAUCCCUGAUUAGCCUGCGCAAAUUGCACAGGCUAAGCUGGGAGGACACUUUACAAACAUGCAUUUAGCCUUAUUUUCUCACAUGGUGGCUCAAUUGAUUGUUGGGACAUUUCAAAGCGUUGAGUUAAUUGAUACCUUUUUGUUUGUAUGAAUGGAAACUGCUCUAUGAAGGAUCUCAGCAGUGGGGUGUACCUUUUAUGAAAGGUGGUUAUACAUAUUAAGACAAAGUAAAGUUUAACAUAUUCACUUUAAAGCAUUUUUAAAACCUUGAUGGUGUUAAAUAUUGUUGUUUCUUUUUGCUACAUGUUGUGAUACUGUUGUGUGCUUGUUGUUUUUCAUUUUUUGUGCGAUUUUAGUUACUUUUUGUAUGUGCUAUUAUAUGUAAACAUUUUAAUUUUAUUUUUAUCAUAAUAAUUUAUUAUUUUAAAAUCAUUAAGCCAAAAAAACACAAUUUUUAGAUUUAUAUUUGAUUGAAGGGGAAAGUCUCUGCACUUUUGCAUAACAAGUUGCACUGUAAAGUUGUUCACACUUAAAAUAACCGUUUACUGCUCAGAUGCCACUUGAAAAUGGUUGUAUGCAACCUGCACAAAGCCAGCAGGGCCUGCCAGUUAAUCGCAGUAUAUUUAGGUUUCUGGGCUGUUCGCUGCUCAUCAGUAUUCCAAGGCUCGGAAAUAAAGGCUUUGAAUCUUGAAUCUAGUGGGAAAGAUACAUAAUUAUAAUUUUUUUCUAAGGGACUACAAAACGGUCACAGUGCGUAUCUGAGUGGUAACUGGUUGACUCGCACUUGUUUGAUAUCCUGAAUAUAUGGCUUGUAAAUUUAGCUCCCACUUUCAGGAUUUUUCUACAGUAGAGAGAUUGAGUGUACACCAAUCAUUUACAAUGGGCUCUGUGAAGAGGGGGGUUUAAAGCAUGUGCAUUAAGUGUUGUCCCAGAUUAACCUGUGUAGUCAUAACCAGGGACGACACUUCCCCUAAACUGGAUUUUGUCUAAGACUUUUUUUAAGGGAAAGAUAUCAUAAAAGUGUAAAGUGUCAUCCCUGAUUAACCUGCACAGGCUUAUCUGUGACAACACUUUACGCACAUGCAUUAAACUCCUUUUCGCAGAGCACUGCCCAUAUGUAAUUGGUACUGUUAGCAUUGAGAAUUUUGUUUAGCCGAGCUGUUAAUUAAUGCCGUUUUGGAAAAAAGGGAACUAUAACUUUGGUGUAUGGUGUAGUUGUGAUCAUCUUGGUUUCAUUUGUUGAUCUAUCAUCAUCAUCUGGAAUGAAUGUUGUUUUUCUAUGAAGAAUUUUUUAAGUGUAUGGUUAUUCCACCACUAUAUUGAAGUCUGCUUAUUGAAGUAAAAUAAAUUUAAACCAGCA